CAGCAGGACAGCGGGAUGGCGGUGGGGUGGCGAUGAAGAACGCUUCCAUGGAUUCUUCCCUUUGUUUGCUUGCUUGCUUCUCCUUCACUUUCGUAGUGGUCUCCCGUGCAGAUCAGCUCCCUUUGCCCUCUUCUCUUCCCCUACCCUACCAUAUAUUAAUUUUCUCCUUUAGCAAGUCUAUCUCGCAGCCAUCUCUAGCAAGUCGAUCCACCACCCCCUUGCAUUCCGUAAGCCAGGCUUUCCCAGUGCUCAUCUUUUUCUGUGCAGCUGGAGUUGGGAGCUGGAGACAGCUUUUGGGGCCUGCAGAGUGUGUUUGGCGGAUCUACAAUGGGUGUCUCAGGACCUGCACAUUUUGUGUUCGUCCACGGUGCUGGACUUGGUGCGUGGACCUGGUACCGAGUAAUUGACCACCUGAGGAAGAAGGGGCACAAGGCCACAGCCAUCGACCUCACAAGCUGCGGCAGAGAUUCUGUUGACCCCAACACCGUGACUUCGUUCAUGGAUUACAACCAGCCCCUCGUCGACUUCAUGCAGACGCUCUCUUCUGACGAGAAGGUUGCUCUUGUUGGGCACGAUCUUGGAGGUUUGAGCUUGACUUAUGCGAUGGAGCACUUCCCCAAGAACAUUUCAGUCGCUGUCUUCCUUGUUGCCAUGAUGCUACCUAGCGGCUUCCCUCUUACUUAUGAGCUGUUUGAGAUGGAUCCAGCGGUGAGCAACCACAUCGAGUAUACUUUCGGCGAUGGAACUCAUGCCAUGCCCACUUCAUUGUAUGUCACGGAAAAAAUACAACCCCAGGUGUUCUACAACAUGUGCCCAUCCGAGGAUGUUGUGUUGGCGUCUCUUCUUUCAAAGCCCGUGCCGUUGAAGAUGCUCGACGGGUUCUGUGUUGAGUACACGGAUGAGAAUUAUGGCUCCAUUCCCAAAGUUUACAUUAAAACAAUGAAUGAUAAGGUCCUGCCUCCUGAUGCUCAAGAAGAGGCUUUCUUAUUUGAUAAGACCUGCUGUGCCUCUGAGGUCCGGACAAUCGACUCCGACCACAGCCCCUUCUUCUCCAAACCUGUGGAAUUGACUCAACAUCUAGAGGAAAUUUUGGCCACCUUCGGUUAAAUCAUGGAAUGUGCAAGUGCUGAAAUGACCACACGCAUCUUUCAGAUGUUGCACUCAUAUAUUGAACUCUUGAGUGUGUUGGAUUUGACUUCCACUGUUGGACAUGUGAAGCCGUGAGAGCAUUGCUUGUUCGGUCUCUCUGAUCCAUAGAUAGCAUAAUGUAGCAUAGGUAAAUUCAUUGGCAAGUAUUGGUUAAAGCAUUAAUCUCCAUGCUCUGUAAGGUAGCGAAUAAGUGGUUAGGCUUUGAAUGGCACGGGUUCCUUUUAUAUAGCUCGCUGCCCAUCUCUCUCUCUCGCUCUCUCUCUCGCUCUCUCUCUCUCGCUCUCUCGCUUUCUCUCUCCCCCUCUCUCUGUAUUUCUCCAUCUCUAGGUGUGUGGUAAAGCAGGUCAUGCCGGUGUAUGUUAUAGCAUUUUGCAACUGAGUUACAAUAGUAAAGUUCAAAGUUUAACAACA